GCUCUACACGCAGACCUAGCACCUCUAGCUAAACAGCAUAUUAUAUCACUGGCUAACGCUGUCUUUGUCGACCAAUCAGUCGAAAUUGCGACUAAAUACAAGAAGUAUCUAGAGGCAUUCCAAGCUCAGUCAUGGCAAUUUCCAACCCUUGCCGAUUCGGUGAAGGAUAUUAAUUCCUGGAUAUCCCGAAACACACUAGGCAGAAUCACGGAUUUGCUUAGCUCGAGCGCCUUGCGCAAAUGCCAUGUCGUUCUUGCAAACGCUACAGCUUUCAGAGAUACAUGGAAGACCAAGUUCAAUCGUGAGAACACAGUUUUAGAUCAUCCCUUCCACCUGGAGAAUGGGAGCAUCCGAGCAGCAGAGAUGAUGUUUGUUUACAAGGAAUAUGUUGAAACAGCAUCCAGCAGCAAUUAUACCGCUGUCCGAGUUCCGUAUGCCACGGAACCAGACUCUUCACCGGUGGCCUUGGUGGCAUGGCUUCCCAAUCCUGGAAUUACAAUAAGGUCACUCCUCGAGCAGUUAUCCACGACCAAGUCAGAAGGUCCUUCGUUCCGGAGGAGGAAAUUGACUAAAUUUGGGUUUCCCAAAUUUGAAACCAGAAGCAAGGUCUCGCUGAUGGAUGAGCUGGCAGGUCUUGGGUUUCCGAUCAAAGCCAACUAUCCUGAAAUGGGAUCUGGACCCACGGAGGUCACGGCCAUCAGCCAUGAGGCCUCCAUCAAGGUUGACGAGGAAGGGGCUGAAGCGACAGCGGCGACUGUCGUCAUGGUGGCGCGGAAACGCUCUACGGUGGUCAACGAGGAGGUCCUGGUAUUCGACAGACCGUUCCUGUACCUAAUAGAAGCUGGAGAAAAUCGGCACGUAAUUAUGUGCGGUGUGUUCUCUGUUCCAGGAUGAGAAGAGGUCGGUCCACACUACACAGAACAACACCGAGCCGACAUCUCCCACUCACAACUUGGAUCUCACGAGUUUCAGUCCGCUUCGGUAUGCCUCUGAGACCCGUGCAGUAAACACGACACCAGAAAUGAAUACUGCUCUGAUCAUCCUACAAGCUGGACAACAUAGCGUGGAAGAAACGCUGUGAUAUAAAGCUACAAAAGCAAGGCCUCUGCGUUUACAUAAGUUGGAGUAAAGUAAGAUUGGGACUCGGCGAGAUUGCGAAAAGUCUGAACGGACCGACCUUUUGAUGUAUAUUGAUAACUACCACUUAACUUUGCCAUAAGCCUUUAAGAUAAAGAUAUUGGCUUCUAAGUUGUCGUAGUAUGUCAUCAGAUCGAAGGGUUUAUGAGGGCGGUGUAAUAAAUUUGCUCAAGCUUGCGAUUUAUCUCAACGUGCUAUAUAGAGAUGUUGAUAAAUAUCUGAAUUAGACUUAAAAUCAAGG